AUGCGUGUCCUAAUCAGUGGAGCAGGCAUUGCAGGGAAUACUCUGGCCUGGUUCCUAGCCAAGACGGGUGCACGUGUAGUCAUUGUCGAAAAGAGCCAGUCUAUACUCCCUCACGGGCAAAGCGUUGAUGUUAAAGAUGACGCGCUUACUGUGAUCAAGAAAAUGGGCCUCAUGGACCAAGUGCUGCGAUUCAAUACGACGGAACAAGGCACACAAUUCAUUGGUGACAAGGGGCAGCCACUUGCACGCUUUCCGCUCAGAAAGGGUUAUGCGAGUAGCCCUACCUCGGAAUUCGAGAUACUUCGUGGAGACUUGGCAAUGAUCCUUCACGAAGCUGCGAGCCGUCUCUCAGGGGUCGAAUAUAUGUUUGGAACCACCAUCCAGGAUGUUAUUUCCAACGACGAUGACACUGUCAAAGUCUCGUUGAGCAACGGCGAGGUGCACGAGUUUGAUCUCCUGGUCGCAGCCGAUGGCCAGUGGUCAAAGAUUCGUAAGCAGUGCUUUCCUGCCAAGGAUGUCAACGCGGUCGAUGUAGGCAUGUAUGCUGCAUAUUACACGGUUCCGCGUCUUCCCAGCGAUAAUGACUGGUGGAAUGUCUACCUAGGUCUUGGCUCGAGGUUAAUCAGCACGAGACCCGACCCACACGGCAACAUCAGAGCCAUGUUCACUCGCGUGCCCCGCUGCAAAGUCCAGGAAAAUAUGUGGCUGGAGGCAUCUAGGAGCGGUAGAGAGGAACAGGGAGAACUUUUGAGAAAGGAGUUCGCCGACGCUGGAUGGCAAGCAUCGAGGCUACUGGACGCCAUGGAUCAGGCCCCUGACUUUUACUUCCACGGAAUCCAACAGAUCAAAAUGUCCAAUUGGUCAAACUCACGAGUCGUCUGCGUAGGAGACGCAGCUUAUUGCCCAUCGCCGCUCACAGGAGAGGGGACGCCGCUGGCAAUAACCGGGGCCUACGUGCUUGCAGCUGAGCUAAGUAAGCUUGACGAAGGUGAACAUCCUGCAAAGGCGCUCGUGGCCUACGAAAGCACGUUUCGCCCAUUUGUCGACGAGGGGCAGAAAAUACCCUCGAUUCUUCCGGCGAUGAUGCAUCCUGAAUCGUCGUGGGCUAGAUAUUUCUAUCACACCAUUCUGUGGGCGCUUUCCCGAGUAUUGGUAGUGCCAGGGUUGGCGAUCAAAUCCUCAGAUAUUGAUGGCCACGAUAGUAAGUUUCCAUGGUCGAAAUGGGAUCUAUAG